AUGGCUGCCGUGUGCGGAGCCUCGUUAACAGUGUGUGUGUGUUUCCUGCUGCUGCCACCUGCUGUCACCGGUCAGUCACCCAUCAUCACAUCAGUCCAAUUCACCAAAAACACCAAACUACCAGUACAAAGUGUCCUCUGUCCCCCUCAGACCAGUACAAAGUGUCCUCUGUCCCCCUCAGACCAGUACAAAGCGGCCGUGGCCCACCGAGACGUGACCAGCAGGAACGUCCUGGUCCGAGCCGAUCUGUCCUGCGUCCUGGCCGACUUCGGCCUGUCCAUGAGGCUGACGGGGACCCUCCCCUGUCGCCCCGGAGACGAGGACACCGUGGCCAUAUCUGAGGUGGGGACGGUGCGCUACAUGGCCCCUGAGGUCCUGGGUGGAGCUCUGAACCUGAGGGACUGUGAGUCGGCGCUGAAGCAGGUGGACGUCUACGCUCUGGGGCUCCUCUACUGGGAGAGCUUCAGGAGGUGUUCUCACCUGUUCCCAGGCGAGGCGGUCCCCGAGUACCAGCUGGCGUUCCAGGCCGAGCUCGGCAACCAUCCGAGUUUCGAGGAGAUGCAGGUCCUCGUGGUCAGGGAGAAGGUCCGGCCCAGGUUCCCCGAAGCCUGGAAGGACAACAGCCUGGUUAGUGUUCCUGUCCCACAUCUGUCCUCAGAUCUGUCCCCAAAUCUGUCCCUGAAUCUGUCCCCCAUCUGUACAGGUUCUAAAACCUUUGUGAUGUUUUUUCUUCUCUGUCUCUUUCUCUCUCUCUUUUCUUCUGUCCGUCAGGCUCGCUCGUCCACUUCAGACAACCUGUUGUCCAGCUCCACCCUGACACCUGCCUCCACCCUCUGCACCAUCUUAGAGUCCCACCACACAGGGGGCGCUGUGCCCAGUGUCUUCCGGCCGCUGACAGAAGAAGACCUGGAGACCCAAAAACUGGACCCCAAAGAGGUGGACAAGAACUUGAGGGAAAGUUCAGAUGACAACUUGAUGGAGCGGUCCCAGAAACAGUUCAGUUCAGCGGCGCUGCACUGCACCGACCUGCCGUACCGCCAGAUACUCCAAACGGAUGAGGGGAACAGCCCUGUGUCGGUUCUCCAGGGGGAGCUGGGAGGUGUUGGGGGGGUUGAGACCAUUCACCCCCUCCCCAAACAGCAGAACCUGCCCCAGAGACCCACCAGCCUUCCCCUCCUCCGCAAAACCAAGGAGACCGUCUCUUCCAGACUGAAGCUGGGAAAGUCCAACCACAGAGAGGUGGAAACUGGCGUUGCUAAGAUGAACAUGAUGGUGCUUGCCAUGGCUGCAGAGCCUCACCAGGUAACCGCGGUGACUAUCAACACCAGCACGAGAGGAGGCGGCGGCGCUGCUGUGAGCCGAGUUCACUCAAAAAACGCCGUCGCCAGCAGCUACAGUGCGGGCGCCCCCACUCUGAUGACCAACGUUCUGAUUGGUGGCGGGCAGACCAAUCCGGCGGGGCCACAGCUGGAGGACGAAGACAAGAUGGUGGCCGGAGAGGACCAGGGUAUGAACCUGCUCAACGCCAGUCCGGAUGAAAACGAACCUCUGCUGAGUCGAGAGCAGCCGCCCGCUGAGAGCCAACCGGGAUCAAACGCCAACAACAACAACAACCGGACAGCGUGGGCCUCCAACAAGGUUCAUGGCUCAGAUCCAGACCCGUGUGUCCGCAGAGAGCUUUGUGCAGGACCGACGCCGAUCCCCGGGUCCUCCAGAAGCCCAGAGACCUGUCUGAUCCAGACUCAAACAGAAGAAGCUCCGGUGAUAGUUCCAAAUGCCCUCGGAUCCCCGGUCUCUGAUCCAAACCCUCCAGUCUCUGAAUCUCAACAUCCAAAACCCACAGUUCUUCCAGAACCUGCUGUGGCUCUACGACGUCCAGCUUUUGAUCCACAAUCCCCAGGUUUGCUGCCGCCGCAGAACAGACGCAGGCGUCCAUGUUCACUCGACCUAUCAGCGUCCUGCAUUUCUUCAGAGUCGGUGGACAGUCGGAGGGCGUCGCCCCCCUUCAUCAGGAAGCCUCGGAGAUGUCGGCCCUCAGAGUCGGUUCAGCUUUCGGUUCGGAGCCUAAAAUAG